AUCUUGACAUGUAUUGCCUUGAACAGUACAAUUUUUACAUGAUUCUAUUGUUGGCCCACUAUUUACAUUCUGCAUUUCUAUAAUUUUUGAAGAAAUUGUUUUUGUAAUUUGAUUCUGUGGCUUAUUAGUCCUGGUUUUCCUGGCAAUAGCUGUCUUUUUGACUGAAUUGCAAACUAUUCACACUUCUGUUCCUUUCGAACGAAGAGCUUAAACUAAUAAACAGCAUACAAUCAACAGACAAUAUUAAAUCUGGAUAAGGACAGAGAGAGAACACUGUCAAUCUACUUUGUAUGUAGAAGAGGAUUAACCUGCUCGACGGGAAAGGGGAAAUGCCUGAACAGUGUUAGAUGAACAGAAAAGUAACUCAUCAUUGGUACUGUAGAAAUCCAUUUAUCCAAUUCAAUGUCUACACUUGCGCUUUUCAUUGAUGUCCCUGUCAAUGUAACACCAGCAGAGAAAUCUCAGAAUCGACCUCCCCCAUUACCCUAUGUUUUUCUUAGUUUUUAAUUUACCCGCUCUAAGUUCCACCUUCUUUAGUAGUACAUGGCAUACUCACUGACACUACUUGCCUUGUUUCCCAAUAAUAUCCAUGGCUUUCUAUUGUUUAAGGAUUUGGGUUUUGGCUGCCUGUUGCAAUUUAUUCUUCCUUUGCCAAAAUACAUAUGGUUUUAACGCAAGUGCUUCUGUGUUUGCCAACAUUUCAAUCAAUGGAGACGCUGCCAUAGCUGAGACAGAUAGUGAUUUUAUAUGCGCCAACUUAGACUGGUGGCCACCUGAUAAAUGCGAUUAUGGGACGUGCAGUUGGGGAAAUGCUUCUUUGCUUAAUUUGGAUCUUGAAAGCUCACUGCUGGAAAACGCUGUGAAAGCUUUUGAUGCAUUGAAAAUAAGAUUGGGUGGAUCACUGGAAGACAGAGUCAUAUAUGAUGUUGGAGAUUUGAAGCAACCUUGUCAUCCUUUUACCAAAAAUGUUUCUGUAGUCUUUGGAUUUAUAGAUGGAUGCCUUCCCAUCUCAAGAUGGGAUGCCCUGAACUUGUUUUUCAGGAAAACAAGGGCUGUGGUAGCAUUUGGAUUGAAUGCUUUGAAUGGAAGGAAAGAAAUAUCAAAAGGUGUUUGGGAAGGACCUUGGGAUUCAACCAAUGCUAAUGAUUUUAUUCAGUAUACAGUUGAUCAUGGUUAUCAGAUAAAUGCAUGGGAACUAGGAAAUGAGUUGAGUGGAAGAAGAGUUAAUGCUACACAGUAUGCAGCUGAUGCAAUUAACCUUCAUGGGAUAUUGGAAAACAUCUACAAGGAUUUUCACGUGAAACCCCAUCUUGUUGCACCUGAUGGAGUUUUUAAUGCAAGUUGGUAUACGGAAUUUCUUCAGCAAUCGGGACCAAACAUUGUAGGUGUUGUUACACAUCAUAUCUACAAUCUGGGGCCAGGUGUGGAUGAGCAUCUUGUGGAAAAGAUAUUGGAUCCGUCUUACCUUAGCCAAGAAGAGUCUAUAUUCAAAAGCCUCAAAACCAUCUUGGAAAAUUAUGGACCUUGGUCAAGAGCUUGGGUUGGUGAAGCUGGCGGAGCUUAUAACAGUGGACACAAUCUCGUCACUAAUGCUUUUGUCUCUAGUUUUUGGUAUUUAGAUCAGCUUGGCAUGGCAUCCACAUACAAUACAAAGUCUUAUUGCAGGCAAACCUUGAUUGGUGGCAAUUAUGGGCUUUUAAACACAACUACUUAUGUGCCAAAUCCUGAUUACUACAGUGCACUUCUUUGGCACCGACUAAUGGGAGAACGUGUUUUAUCAGUAAGUUCAAAUGGAACACAAUACCUGCGGACUUAUGCACAUUGUACUAAGAAUGCUACAGGAGUCACCGUACUCUUGAUCAAUCUUGGCAAAUUGGAUGGUAUUACUGUUGAGGUUUCUAUUUAUUCUCAAAAUGGAGGGCAGAAGAAUCUUAAUGCAAGGACUGAUUUGGUAAACGGGAAAUCUAGAUUGGAGUAUCAUCUAACAGCAAAAGAUGGGGAUUUACACAGUCAGACUAUGCUCCUCAAUGGAAAAGUUUUGGAUGUGAGUCCCAAGGGAGAGAUACCUUCUUUAGAACCAGUAGAAGUGAAUCCCCAGACCCCUAUUUCAGUAGCUCCUCUCUCAAUUGCAUUUGUAGCUCUUCCUUAUGUUCAACUUCUAGCGUGUAGCAGGUAAGGAAUGUAUGCAGAUCCAAAAUAAUAAUCAAAGUUGGUGUUCCCUUUGAAUCAUCAAUAUUACUUGAAUCAAGAUGCUAUUCAAAUGUGGUACUCAUUUCCAAUGUUCGAUUUUGCUUGACAAAAGAUCAUAUUCUUUGAUCUAAAGAAUGACUAGCAAUCUUGCUAUAAAAUUUUAAGUUAGCUAGUAAAUUAUUCUGCAGUAACAUAUUGACAUAUUUUUUAUGACAGGUAUUUAGAUAUGACAGAAAUAUGUGAAGCAUCAAAGCAUAUGGGUUGUUUUCAUUUUA